GCCGUGUGUCACUGCGCUCCGAGACGUAGUCCGCAGUAGACCCCUUACACCGAACAGGCUCAGCUGCUUUGCGCUCGUCUCGUGUGCCGUACUGUGUCUCAGCAUCCUGCUCCCAGAUUUGCCGGUGUGACCUCACGGGUUUUUCUGACCAUCAGGCCUGUGCUCUGAGUGACCCCACAGGGCAGAAACAGCCCCCUGCACACUCUCACGCACACAGCUAUCAUCAUCGCCUAGAGCCUAGAUCUACCAAGAGAGCAGAAAGGAGCGAUCUCUUCCCCUCCUCCGGUCUUGAUGGCAGACGGUCGGCAGCCAGAGAACACUGCCCCCCAGUGGGCAUCGCUGGGAGCGCAGGCCUCGUCCAGCCCGGUCGGGCACGAGGAGAACGGCUUCUCGUACCGGGCAUGUCAGCCGGGUGCCGCCUCCUAUGCCAGGGAAAACGGCUUCAACGGGGACCUGCCCUCGGGCCACGCCGUCACGGCAGAGCAAGUGUCCGCGCGGAUCGUACAGGAGGUGACAGCUGAGGCGGUGGCAGUGCUGAAGGGAGAGCAGGAGCUGCACCCAGACACUGCUGUCAGACUGCCCUCAGUGGAAGACUCCGCCAACCUGCCCCCAUCUCCGCCUCCCUCACCCGCAGCCGAGCACUUUGGCCCGCUGGAGCAAGAUGUAGGGGAUGAGGAGGCAGGGCCUCUCCGCCGCUUCCAAAAUUCUCGGGAGAGGUGCAAGUUCCUCGCCCCCUCCAUCUCAGUUUCAGUGCCUGAGGAUGAGCCCUACUACUCUGACGAGGAGUACUAUGACCACCCCUUAUUCAGCCCCGAGUGGACCCUCUCGGGGUCGGGCCCGCCAGGGCAGGCUGCUGCUUUUAGGCAGAUCGAAGAAGAAGAGACCAUAGAGGCUCUUUCCGCAGCGGAGGAGGAAGAGGAGGACACUCCUUCAGCAGCUUUAGAGGAGCAGGAGGAGGAGGAGGAGGAGUGGACUGGGGAGGAGCCUGAGCAGGAACCCCCAUCCGAGCUCUUAGAGCAGGCAGCGGUGGCAGGCGAGGCCCAGGCUUUGCCCUGUCCGCAGGCCGAGAUCCGGGCACUUACUGCUGGCCCAGAAGCUCCUAACGGGAGCACCGAGGAGCCAGAGAGGGAAGAGAGCCCUGAGAAAGCUGUGAAGAUGGAUGCAGAAAAGCCAUGUGGGGAGAGGACCACACCGGUUGGCAUGGACUUCACUCAGUCAGAGGUGCGUCCGGGUGACCUCCCCUCUUACCAGAGUGUUGCACCUGACAAAGGCAUGUCAGACACCCUGUUACCGACCCUGUGUGACACGGAGGAUUUUGCUAUUUCCCCCAAUGGCCAGGGGCAUACCAAAGACCCUACAGAUGCUUUAGCUCACAAGGCUGAUUCGCCAUUUGGUACCAAGAAAUCUGCUUCUUCGGAUGAAGCCGACUCCAGUAAGGUUCCAACACGUGAAGAGCAAUCACUGGAAGCAGAAUCAGUCAUUACUGGAGACAAGAAGAUAGAGGUUACAGCAAGUGCCAAAACUCCAGAAGUGCCUGGAAAAGACUCUCCCAGCUUGGACAAGGAGAAAGAACAAAUUAAGGACAAGUCUGGAAUGUCUGCUUACUUUGAGACCACAACAUUGAAAUCAGAUGAAGACAGAAGCCAGCGGGAAGGUUAUUAUGAGCUUAGUGCUACAUCGGAUGAGACAGAAAAUGCUGUUUCAGUUCCAGAAAUCAGCUACAGUACCCUGGCUCAGAUGGAUGAAAAGCCUGAAACUCAAAAGGGUACAAUGGAGGAGCAAAAGGUUCUCCCGCUAGCUGAAAAGAGGGACGAUUGUCGGCUCUCUCCCGGAAAACUGGCCCUUGAACAAAGAAGCUAUUCCUUAAAUAUCACCAUCGGCACUAUGGAUCAGAGCGGAGGUCAAGGGCGGCCCAGGAACUUCUCCCCCUUGGCGACAGACAUCAUGUCUUACACCAGUGGAAGCCUGGAUGAAUCUGCCGACUACCUUCCCAUCACAACUCCUUCAGUGGAGAAAGUUCCAUCUUUCCCACCGCUGAUCCUGGAGACAUCCGCUUCUGUCCCAACUCCAUCCAGUUCCCCUCCCAAGGAGACAGUAGCUGAGGUCAAGCCCGCAAGUCCACAGCCAGAAUCUCCUGAGUCUCCUCUGCCUACCAAGUACUCCUACAAAAACGGUGGCAUUGUGAUGGCGCCAGAUCUGCCUGAAAUGCUAGACUUGGCAGGUACCCGAUCCAGGCUGAUGUCUGAGAACACAGACCCUGAGAUCAUGAGGAGGAAGUCAGUGCCAGCAGAUAUGCCAACACUUGUGAGUGACUCAUUAGCCCAUUUACUUCAGGGCAGCCAAAGUCAGAGAGUCGCAAAAAGUGAGGGACAGUUGGAAGAACAGGGAUACUGUGUUUUCAGCGAGUAUUCGGGUCCCAUGCCAUCUCCUGCAGAUUUGCACAGUCCAAUGGAACCUCCACCAAUGCAAAUCUUCAACACUAUGAUAUCAGAGGAGAGAGAGGCAAGUCCGGCUCCAAGCGGACAAGAGAGCCCAACAUUUAAGUAUAUUAAGGAGGACAUCACCCCACGAGCAGAAGAACGGAAGGAUACAACAGAAGAACCGAGCAAGAAAGAAAGUGUUGAGGCAAAGCAGUCAGAAAAACUAAGUGACACCUUUGUCACCCCAACUGUGACAGUCACCUUGGAAGAGGCAAGGCCUAGUCUUGAUGCACAGGCCAAGCUUAUGGCUGAGCAAGAGGCUGAAAUAGCUGAUUAUGAGAGGCAAAUACGCAAGCUGGAAAUGGAGGACCGGCCUUUGAGUGUAGAGGAGGAGCGGGAACUCCAAGAGCUGAGGGAGAAGGUGAAGAACAAGCCAGAUUUGGUGCACCAGGAGGCCUAUGAGGAGGUAGAUGCGGAAGAUGUGUACCAGCUCACUGGAGUUGCCAAAGACAGGAUUGCUAGACCUAUCAAACCAUCCCCAGCAUCGUCGGUAGAGAGUGCCCCGGAGGAGGAGAAAGUGCAAGUUGACACAGAGAAACCCAAACAAGUAGAGGACAAAGAGGCUCUGAAAGCCGAGCCAAUGAAAUUGUCUCCUGCUGGAUCUGUUGAGAAACCCACUAAAGAGGAUGCACCCCUAGUGGAAGCUGUUAAGGAGAAGAAAGCUAUUGUUGAGGACCAGGUGCAGUCAGAUCUUGUAAAGACUGAGAAGCCUGAGGCACAGAAUAUGGAGGAUGAAAUAGAACUGGGGGAAGAGCCUGAGGAACUCAUGGAGGAAGCAAAACCACUUAAGCCUGAUGCCUUGGUGACAGAGAGACCUGAGCCAGAAAUCACUGAGACAGAGAUGCUUGAAACAGACAACAUUGAAAUGAAGAUGGCUGAAGCAGACAGGCUUGAAACAGAGGUGCCUGAAACAGGCAAGGUUAAAAUACAGAAAGCUGAAGCAGACAGGCUUAAAACAGAGGUGCCUGAAACAGGCAAGGUUGAAAUGCAGAAAGCUGAAGCAGACAGGCUUAAAACAGAGGUGCCUGAAACAGGCAAGGUUGAAAUGCAGAAAGCUGAAGCAGACAGGCUUAAAACAGAGGUGCCUGAAACAGGCAAGGUUGAAAUGCAGAAAGCUGAAGCAGACAGGCUUAAAACAGAGGUGCCUGAAACAAGCAAAGUUGAAAUGCAGAAGGCUGAAGCAGACAGGCUUAAAACAGAGGUGCCUGAAAGAAGCAAGGUUGAAAUGCAGAAGGCUGAAGCAGACAGGCUUGAAACAGAGGUACCUGAAACAGGCAAGGUUGAAAUGCAGAAGGCUGAAGCAGACAGGGUUAAAACAGAGGUGCCUGAAACAAGCAAAGUUGAAAUGCAGAAGGCUGAAGCAGACAGGCUUAAAACAGAGGUGCCCGAAACAAGCAAGGUUGAAAUGCAGAAGGCUGAAGCAGACAGGCUUGAAACAGAGGUACCUGAAACAGGCAUGGUUGAAAUGCAGAAGGAUGAAACACAACAGUUGGAAACAGCAAAGUUUGAAACAGAGUGGGUUGAAAUGGAAAAGGUUGACGAAGAGAAGACUAAAUCAAAGCAGGCUGAAGCAGACAUGACUAAGGCCGAAGUGGAGGACAAAGAAGAUGAAGAGGAAGAAGAAGAGGAGCUUCACAGGGCAGGUUCAGUGGUGGAGGAGACCGCAGAACCUCGAGCUGCCAUCGAGUCUGUAGUGACUGUGGAAGAUGACUUCAUCACAGUGGUGCAGACCAUUGACGAGAGAGAGGAGCCUGGCCACAGCGUGCGAUUCUUCGCUCCUCCUGAGGAAGAACCACCUCAGCAACUCCAAGAGGAAGAAGAGGAAGAAGAAUCAGUGGAAAUGGCUCAGGAAGUAGAGAUGGAAGCUGCUAGCCUUGAGGAAGUUCCAGAUGUCCCAGAAGUUGUGCAAGUUGCUGUGUGCCUUCCGAGGGAGAUACCAGAAAGUGAGGGUGUCACCGAGAGCUACGAUGACUACAAAGAUGAAACCACAAUGGAUGAUUCCAUCUUGGAUAGUUCCUGGGUGGACACUCAAGCAGACGAUGAUAGAAGCAUGGCAACUGAGAAAAUAGAGCCUCUCCCCAGAAUGGAAAGCCCUGCUAAGCAGCCGCCCACUGAGAAACAACCCAAGCAGAAGGCUAAGGGAGGCAGGGUCAAGGGCCGCAUCUCCACCCCUGAACGCAAACCCGUCUGCAAGGAGCCGGCGCUCAUCCAGAGGGAGGACAUGAAGAAGAAAAAAGCUAUGAUUAAGAAGGUUGAGCUCGCAAAAAAAUCUGAAACUCAGAGCCAUUCUCCCUCCCGGAGGAGUGUUUUAAAGUCCACCGUAAGACACCCUAGACCUACCCAGCACCACGCCUGGGCUAAGAGGAAACCCGCAGUGUCGGCAGACGGGCGUCAGCCCCUCGGUGGGUUGAGGCACUCCAGAGAUCGGGCAUCUACCCCCAGUUCAGCAUCACUAACAAAGAUCCCCACCUGUAAAAUGCGGGCGUCGGCUCAUCUUCCACCCCACCCCAACUCUGCCAGCCCCUCCUCUAAAACAAGCCCAUUGGUGGAGACAGCUCCCUUUGAGCCCCGCCCCUCCUUGGCAGGUCCACAAGACUCACCUGCACUUAACAGUCAUUUAGGCAAGGACGGAGGUUCUCGGAGCCCAGAGAAGAGGUCGUCUCUGCCCCGGCCCGCAUCCAUCCUGUCCCGCCGCACACACCCGGCCGAGCAGGAGGAGAGCUCCACAUCUAUCACGAGCAGUGGAUCCACAGCGCCGCGCAGACCCACAUCCUUUCGCACUGAAGUCAGAGCGGAGCAUAGGACAGGCAGGUCACCCAGCAUGACAGGCACGGUGUCUGCCCGCUCCCGAUCGGCCCGGAGCGGCACAUCGACACCCCGGACGCCCGGCUCUGCGGCAGUCACGCCCGGCACCCCGCCCAGCUACUCCUGCCGCACCCCGGGCACCCCCCGCACGCCAGGCACCCCCAAGUCCCUCAGCUUGCUCUCUCAGGAGAAAAAGGUGGCCAUCAUCCGCACCCCCCCCAAAUCGCCCGCCACGACUCCUAAGCAGCUGCGCGUGAUCAACCAGCCCCUGCCCGACCUCAGGAACGUCAAGUCCAAGAUCGGCUCCACGGAUAACAUCAAGUACCAGCCUAAAGGGGGCCAGAUUCAAAUUGCAAUGAAGAAGAUGGACUUCACUCACGUACAGUCAAAGUGUGGCUCCAAGGAUAAUAUGAAGCACUCACCUCACGGAGGCAACAUACAAAUUCAGUCCAAGAAGCUUGACCUCAGCCACGUGACGUCCAAGUGCGGCUCGCUGGACAACAUCCGCCACAAACCAGGGGGCGGUAAUGUGCGCAUCGAGAGUGUGAAGCUGGACUUCAAAGAUAAAGCCCAGGCCAAGGUGGGCUCUUUAGAAAAUGCCCACCAUGUACCCGGGGGAGGACACGUGAUGAUCGAGACUCACAAGCUGAUGUUCCGCGAGAUGGCCAAGGCUCGUGUGGACCAUGGGGCGGACAUCGUGACCCAGUCACCUGGGGCGUCCGGCGACACCUCGCCCCAGCGCCAUAGCCACAUGUCGUCAUCGGGCAGCAUCAACCUGCUGGAGUCUCCUCAGCUGGCCACGCUGGCCGAAGACGUGACCGCCGCCCUGGCCAAGCAGGGACUGUGAACCCGCCCUCCUCCCGGUCCCCUAACACCCAGCUACUGCCGCCACUCAGCUGCUCCCUUAAGCCCCGCCUCCCCAGCCCGCCUCCAGACCUGCAGUUAGUCUCCUGUAGUGGUGUGGUAGUGGUGGGUAACAACCCUUUCUGGAACACUGCAUCUGCACUUGUCAUACACAUAGUCCUCUUUACCUGUCGCCUGGCAACCGCAAUCUCCUGGAGCUGGCACGGACUUUAUCUAGGAAAGAGGAGAAAUGGAAACACAAAACAUGUGGAUUAUUGUUUCAUAUUUUUUUUUUGCUAUUCUCUCAUUUGUUUUGUCUAAUAUUUCAAUUACUUAGCUAGAGAGGUACCAGUGCUUUUAUUCUCCCUGUUUACUGUGUAACUUUUUUACGGUUGUGUAUACAAGCCUGAGGCCCUGUCCUCAGAUCAGCCUUAGCUGCUGACAAGUAUUAAGAAGGUAGGAAUGAGGAAUUUGGACAUCUGUUCCCACAUCAGUGCUCGGGAACAGGUAUUUUUUAUGACAGACAGGAGGUCAUGUGACCAUUCCAUGCGCCAUUCUUUGGUGCGGUCAGUGCAUGGAGUCUUAACACACAUCCCAAAAACACCUUAAGUAUGCUCAGCCAACCAAUAAUAUUAUAUACAAUGUAUAUUAAUAUGUGUAGAAUUAUACCGACUAGUGAACAGCAUCUCAAUCAGUAGAAAAAAGACACCUUCGAUAACUUAUAUCUGUACAAUUGCAUUAUUACAACAAAAAAGAACAUUAGGAUAUGGUAUGAUGAGCAUGUCAAUUCUAUUACAGCAAAAAAGCUAUUUUCUAUUUCAACCAAAAGGAUUUUAGUAAGACCUUUGCUGAACCAUUGGAUAAUAAGACCAUUUCAUAUUUUAUAAAUUAGCGACAACAACGUUAUGCCUGUUGACCAGUUUGAAUAACUGCAUGGGUGUCGGCCAGGGCCCCUGCCUCAGCCGCUGCUGUGCCAAGCUCCAGAUGGCUUUGUUUUCCACUCUCUGUCUCUGAGAAACAGUGUCGCAACCAUACUUGAACUGCGUAAACAUUACUUCACAAACAACAUAACACUGACGCUCCUGGGUUCAUGGAACGCUGUUGGAACGCUGCGGUCGUGUGCUGCGUGAGGAUUAAGCAGGUUCUCCUACUCCAGGUGCCACCCCACCUCUCAAUCCCCCCAAGCCCCAGUGCGAGUGCUGCGUCUGGGCACACUGGGUUGUCCCGGCAGCCUGACGGAGAGUGCUCUGGUUCCUCCUCCAGCGCUCAACGCAGGAAGCGGCUACCCCUGACCGUCGCGCCCUUACACCCUCUGUAUCCUGCCGUGUUCAACUUAGACGCUUAGGUUUGUUUACGCAUACACUUUAGAAGGUGGAAAAAGAAAUGUAACAGCACACACACAAAAAAAAAACAGUUCUAAAAAAAUCCCUCAGUGAGUGAGUGAAGUUUCAAAAAAAAAAAAAAAGCAUCCUCCCUCAUCUCGCAUCCGUUUGAGAAAAGUGUGCCGGUGUAUGAUUUUCCUGUUGUCAUUCGUGGUAUCCCGCUCUUCCCUGCAUCCCAUUGUUUUGGGCUUCUGUGUGUACCCGCAGCCUCUCUGCUCCCGCCCCACUCCUGCUGCAGCUGUAACUCUAUUUAAGAGCUCCUGUAGAUGUAUGCAGUUUUUCUCCCGUUGAUAUGAUAUGGAUUACAAAUGCUCUUAACGAUUAUGACAAUAAAACCAAAAUGGCAGAAAACAA